AUGGCGACCGCAAUUUCCAAGCCGGCCUCCCAUACCCAGAAGAUGAAGCGGCCGCCCCCGCCUUUCAGCCAGGCCGCGGCCAACGGAGUCAAGGGCCAGCACCUCUCGUCUUCGCCCACAUCUGCCGCAAAGCGUCUUCCCACAGGAGCCUCCGUCAACGCAACUUCCAAUUUUACAAAUGGCGUAGCCCAUGUGGCGAAUUCCACGACGAAAGGCCCCCUUAAUCGGACCAGGAAUCAAUCGCAAAGACCUGUGGAUCAGUCCUCGCGCUCUGGCCGGCCAGUAACGAGGACUGCUGCAACAGAUCAGGCACACCGAGCUGGGAAAAAAGCACCAGAACCGUAUGUGAAAACUACGUCCUAUAUCCUCAAGAAAUAUUCGAAAUGUCCCCCGUCCCUCAUUGUGCAUUUACAUCCCACACAUUUUCGAUUUGAGCAGCAAGAUGGUAGCUUCCCUUAUAACUCCGAGAUGAAGGUCAUCAUCGAGCACAUUCGUGCCGGGACAGUUCCGCAUGAUCUGAUCGAGGAGCUUCUGCGAGGCGGUGUGCAGUUCUAUGAAGGUUGCCUCAUCGUCCGUGUCAUCGAUCACAAAUCUGUCUCGGCGCAAGCAAGAAAGGCAUCAACCACCUCCUCCAACGAGAACAACACACCAUUCUCUCUACACAACUACAACGAACAUGUUACCCCGUCGGCUUUUGUUCCAUACCCAAAACAAAAUCAGCUCACAUCGGCCACACAAGGCACCAAGGCUGAUGGGACACCGAUUGCCAAUCAACAGACAGAUGGGCCGGCGAUUGGUGAGCAGACAGACGACAAAAGCAGCAACAUAAGCCAGAAAAAUGCCCCCGUGAAGCCUCGAGUAUUUACUACAGUUCUUCACCCCACUGCCCGAACUUUGCAGGCAGAGUUGACACUGCUGGUCACCACUCCCGACCCGAGAGCCAACAAAGCACCAGCUCAACCAAGCUCCUCUACUUCUUCAGCUACCCCUGGAAGUAGUCAACUAGAUCGUGGACAUGUUGCGAAGAGACAGAAAAUGCUGGUUGAACCAGAGGAUCUUUUGGAAUGCGAAUCUAAAAUGAUACAGGCCUUGGCACCUCCUCUCUUCUUGGAUCCCGUGCAUAGUAUGGAGGCCGCCCAGGAGCUAUUUAAGCACCUGGAAAGCCCACUGCAUUGCGACCCGCCACCUUUGCCCAAGCGCCGAAAGAGAACCGUUGCCGAACUCGCCGCGGACGAAGCCCUGGCAGCCGAAGAGGAGAGAUUUAUGCUCAUCAUGGACGAGCGUCUGGAGCCCACGGCUUCUGGCCCUGGUGGCGCUGCAAAGGCUGCGGCCGUGGAUGACGCCGGUGGCGUCGCACCAUUCGAACCCCGCUUCUCUCGUUUUAAGACACUUGAAACGAUUCGCAUGCAGCACGAGGAGAAGGCCAAACGUGAACAUGAAAUGAAGCUGAAGCAGGAGUUGGCCAAGAGGCAGCAGCAGGAGCAGGAGAGAGAGCGGCGCCGUGCGAUAGAGCAGCGGCAAGCCGAGGAACACGCGAAAGAGGAAUCGCGGAGACAACAACUUGCUGCCCAGCAGGCGCAGGCCCAACUCGCUGCGCAACAGCAAAAUCGGCACAUUAUGGCCCAGCCCAAUGGCGUCAGUCAAGGCCAACAGUCUUCACCUGUUGCGGUUCCGAUGACCAUGACCGCAUCUGGAUCUGGCAGUCCACCGCGACCUCCAUCUGCUUUGCAGCAUGCGCACCCGAAUGUUAUGAGCCACCCAAUGGCACCUUCGAGAAGUCAGCAAGGACCAAGCCGACAUGGUACUCCGCAGAUGACCCAGGGCACGCCGGCUAUGUCGCAUGCCACACCAAUCAUGCGUAAUGUUACGCCUACUCAGCGGAUGGGUCAUGGCAGUCCGACCCACUCGAUGGGUCAGACCCCGGUGAUGAAUCCGGGCAUGGCAGCCACGCCGCAAAUGAACGGGGGCAUGCCUUUCACACCACAACAACAGAUUGCGCUGCAACACCGACAGCAAGCGCUUAUGGCGCAACAAGGACACAUCCAGCACAAUCAGUAUACGCCACAGCAGCUAGCCCACCUACAGGCCAAUGCCCACGCUCAACAGAAUAUCCAAUCUCAUCAUCAAAUGCUACAGCAGCAGCAACAGCAGCAGCAGCAGCAGCAGCAACAAAACCACCAGGGUGUUCCUAAAGUUACUCAGCAAGGCCAGCAAGCAUACCAGGCUCAGCUCAUGCGUGCUCAAUAUGCGCAGAUGCAAAUAGUCAAGCAGCAGCAGCAAGGCCAGCACCCGCAAAUGCAGGGACAACAAGCCCAUCCACAUCAAGGCAAUCCGCAGUUAACAAAUCAGCAACAACAGCAAAUGCUGAUGGCAGCCGCACAGGCGAAUGGUGGGCAAAUGGGUCCAAAUGGACAGCCCAUGAACCAAGCACAGAGAUACACCCAGCUCUACCAACAACGGCUGCUUCGCAUGCGACAUGAUAUGUCGACUCGGUAUAUGGCUCAGUAUGGCCCACCAAACCAGUAUCCCUCCAAUAUUGCGCAGCAGUAUGGUCCUGGGCUGGAAAAGACUGCCAAAGCUUGGGUCUCCGAGGUCAUGCGACGUGAGCGGGAUGGCGGACAGCAACAGCAGCAACAGCGGGCUGCGUUGCAAGCCCAGCAAAUGCAAGCGCAGGGGUCGAUGCACAGCAUGGGUGGUAUGAAUAACUGA